AUGACACAAGAGCUCCCGACCCCCACAGUUACCUGCAGCAUCUCAAUAUCGAUGAUUCCACUCGCAGUCUGGCCCAGGAGGUACUAUGCAAGUUCCAACUCUAACGCACCCAGCGCCAAGAUCCCGAAACCUCCAGCUGAAGCCGGUAGUGACUUAGUCUAG